AUGGGCCACUCACCGCAGGCUGCUGAUUGCGAUUUCGGGGCACAUGGCCAGCGACAGCGGCGCGUCGCGACUCUUUGCUCCGUCUUUUCCCCCUUUUCUCUUCAACAGCUCGAGGCUCGGUUCAUCAUCGCUCGAUAUCUACGAAAACACCCUCCCGUGCGAAACGUGAAGCUCCAAUGUCCGUCGAGGAUUCCCCGUCCCGCUGUGGACUCACCCAGGUGCCACGAUCCAUUGGAGCAGACAGAAUCGGAGCCGACUACAGUCCAGAGAUGGCAACCCGUCCAGCUCGUGGUCGCGAGGAUGAGGGAAGAAAAAGGAAGGAGGAAAGUCUGGAGAGCUGGACCCAGUCGUUCCAGUCUCUGUCUAAUACGGGUAAUUGGCUGCCCAUCCAUGGAGGACGUACUUGGAUGCUUGGUCUAUUGA